CCAGCAUUUCUCACUCCAUCUCCCCUCUCCACCAUGGCCGCCCUCUCCCCCCACCUCACCACGCCCCUCCCUCUUCGUCCCUCUCCUCGCCGGCUUUCGCCCGCGGCUUCCGCAGCCUCCGUCCUCCCGCCCCGAGGCGCCCGCGUCGUUCCCCGUCUCUCCAGGCAUCCUGACCCUUUGGCAAGAAAUUCUGGGUGGUUUGAGAACGCAACAAGGUUGCCAGGACGGCGCCCUAAGAAGACUCUGUUUGCAUCAGAGACAGAUUCUCCUAGCACUGGCAGUCCGAAACAGAGCAGCGCCGGCGACAGCUCGAGUCCUCCAGAUGGCCCACCCGUCCUCACCAUUCUGGCUGGUAUCAUCGUGUUCUUUCUGGUCUUCUGGGUGAUCGGAUCGAUUUUCACUUCGAUCGUUGGUUUGUUCUUUGGGGCUGCGAAAUCUUAGAAGUUUAAUCUUAGGGUAGCUCUUCAUCUUUCCAGCCGUGUAUAUACAUUUCAUGGACUGCUGUUGACGGUCCUGGAUCAUUGCAUCCUAUGUUGUCGUUUCCAGUUGAUUGUCUUGAAUAAUUGUACUCCAUAUUUCUAGUAAAAGCCAUGGAUUAUUGCA